AUGUUGUCAAUUCUAAAGAACGAGCUGGUCACCGAGGCCAGCAAGAAAGACGUGCUGAUCCGGAAGGCCGAGCUCGACUGGUUUACCCGGAACUACUGGAUCAUUGCAACGCAAGCGACCGUCGUGGCUGGUUUUUCCUUCCAACAGCUCGCGAGCCCUCCACCAGAAGAAGCAACUGCGUGGUCGGCCUUGUUCCACAUUACUCUGACAAGUCUCAGCUUCAUUCUCGCUCUCUACGUUAUCGUCUGUUGUACCUUCUCUUGCAUCCUGGCCCCAGGGCUCGCCCUGCGAGGGGCAAACGGCUUCCAGUCGGUGCAUAACGCUAUCCGAUAUUUAAGGAAACAGCAGGAUCGAAUCCUGUGGUGUUUCAUGGUUUCCCUCGCUUGCUUUGUUCUAUCGAGUUUCAUGAUUGUGCACGUCUUCGGUCGCCGUCAAAGGCUUGCCGUCCGUAUCGAGACAGCCCUGCUCUUUGUCGCACUCGCCAUCGCGUUCAUGGCAGCGCGGGCCAUCAUGCUGUUCCAGCACGGCAGUGCGGCCAGAAGCGGAAUCAACACGAUCGAAGAAAACUACGGGAAGGUCGGUGACAUCGACGCGAUGGUCGGUGGUGCUUUCCAGGCGGCAUAUUAG